GUGGAGGAGAGACGUUGGGGACGGGGGAGUUUGACUGUAAAAAGCUCCUCUGUCCAGGUUUUGGCCUGUGGUCAGGCAGCAGCAGCAGAGACGUGUUAGACCAGGUAAACAAGGCCAGACACACUUUACAAACUCCACUGAGCCGCCAAAAACCUCCCCGAGUGUCAUUCCGAGCUGUAAAUCAGGUAAAAAAAAAAAACAGCUUUGCACGGGCUUUGCUCGAGGACUUUAAACUGUAGCUGGGAGAUAAAAGAGGAACUUUGGCACAGGACAUAUAAAGUGAAGGAAGGACAGGACGGUGAGGAGAGACCAGACUGAGACCAUGGCCACGUGGAAAACUCUGGGAGCUCUGCUGCUCAUACUUCACACUGUGUUUUGCCAGAGCUCCAUCAGAUGGUGCACGGUCUCAGAUCCCGAGCAGAGGAAAUGUCAGGCCAUGUCUCAGUCCUUUUCCGAGGCCUCCAUCCGUCCGUCCCUCCGCUGCGUUCAGGGGCCCACGAUGGAGGGCUGUGUUCAGAAACUGCAGAAAAAUGAUGUGGAUGCCUUGUCCAUGUCUGCCCCAGACAUCUACAACACAGCUAAAACCACCAGCUUCAGAAUGGCUGCGACUGAAUCGAAGGCUGGAGAUACCAGCUCCUACUACGCAGUUGCCGUUGUGAAGACAAACUCCGGCAUCAACAUUCACAACCUGGCGGGAAAGAAGAGCUGCCACACGGGGAAAGGCCGGACCGCCGGCUGGAUGAUGCCUUUGGGUUACUUCAUAGAUCAGGGCUACAUGUCUGUGAUGGGCUGCAAUAUUCCACAGGGUGUUGCAAACUUCUUCAACGCGAGCUGCGUCCCUGGAGCCAACCAGGACGGUGACCCCGCUUCUCUGUGUGAGCUGUGCAGAGGAGACGCCAACGGACAGCACAAAUGUGAGAUGAGCAACAGUGAGAUGUACUACAGCUACGAAGGAGCUUUCAGAUGUUUGGCUGAAAACGCAGGACAGGUGGCUUUCAUCAAACACACAACAAUCGGAGAAAACACUGAUGGUAGAGGCCCAGAAUGGGCUAAGCCCCUGAAGUCUUCGGACUUUCAGCUGCUGUGUCGUGACGGCAGCACGGCUCCUGUCUCUCAGUGGAACCGGUGCCAUCUCGUUCGUGUGCCGUUCCGCGGUGUCGCUGUUAGCAGCGCCAUCACACCUUCUGUGGUGUUCAACAUGCUGAGGGAAGGUCAGGAAAAGUCUGGCUUCAACAUGUUCUCGUCUGCUGAUUAUGGAGGAGGAACCGUUCUCUUCUCCGAAUCAACCACCAGGUUCGAGAGCGUCGAGUCGGACGACCCAAAGAGGUGGAUGGGGACCAACUACUACAACGCCAUGAGGGCCAUGGACUGUAAACCUGCAGACAUCCCCAGUUCCCUACGAUGGUGCGUGCUGACCAGUCAAGAGCAGGAAAAGUGUGCCGACAUGGGUGUGGCCUUUCAAAGUAAAGGCCUGACUCCCAGAAUCACCUGUGUGUACGGAGACUCUUUGACCGACUGCAUGAAGAGGAUUAAGAACAACGAGGCCGACGCAAUCACCCUGGAUGGAGGUUACAUUUACACAGCAGGCAAAGACUACGGCUUGGUUCCUGCCGCUGCCGAGAGCUACACAGGUGACCGCGAGGGUUCCUCGUACUACGCUGUGGCGGUGGUGAAAAAGAGCAGCACUGACAUCCGUAACCUCGAUGACCUGCGUGGCCGUCUCUCCUGUCAUACUGGAUACGGUCGCACGGCUGGCUGGAACGUUCCGGUGUCAGCCCUGAUGGAGAGGGGACUGAUCCACCCUGAGCACUGUGAAAUUCCACGAGCGGUGGGAGGAUUCUUCAAACAGAGCUGUAUACCUGGCGCCAAUCAACCUGGUUUUCCUGACAACCUGUGUGAUCUGUGUGUGGGAGACAGCUCAGGACAGAAUAAAUGUGAAAAAGGCAAAGACCUGUAUGAUGGAUACGAUGGAGCCUUCAGGUGUCUGGCUACUGGAAAGGGAGACGUAGCUUUUGUCAAACAUACCACUGUCUUCCAAAACACUGACGGCAACUCAUCUGAAUCCUGGGCUGUAGACCUUCAGUCCAAAAAUUUCCAGCUGCUGUGCACGCAGAACACCAAAGCUGAGGUGUCGCAGUACAGACACUGUAAUUUGGCCAGAGUGCCUUCUCACGCUGUAAUGGUCCGACCAGAUACCAACAUCCAUGCCGUCUAUGGGCUUCUGGCUCAUGCACAGGCAUAUUUUGGGAGCGACCUGGGUUCUGCUUUCAAGAUGUUUGACUCCAAGACCUACACCGGCACAGACCUCAUUUUUAAAGACUCCACCAUUCAGAUGGUGGCGGUGGGCGACAGGAAGACCUACCAGGAGUGGCUGGGUCAGGCUUACCUGAACGCACUGAUCGACAUGGAAUGCAGCUCAUCAGGCGCAGUGGUCUCAUCGGUGUGGCUGCUGCUGCUGGCCCUGCUGAGCACGGCUCUGGCCAACAUCUAAAAGUGACCAAAUCUACCACCUCGUUUCUUUCUAUUCAGUUUAUUAUUUUUCUUCUUUUAUUUUUUUUUUCUCUUUUGUUUCAUCAAAUUCGACACAAGGUUACUCAACUUAAUUUCCAUCCAGAUGGUGCCGCCCUUAAAGAAAAUCAAACAAGUUUUUUUGGCCAAGACUCGAGUUAUUUUAACCAGCGUGAGGACGAUGGAAGGUGCUGUUGCCACUUUGUUUACGGAAGGUGGGCUGCCAUAUCAGUGUGUAUGCUGCCACCUGUUACAUUUCUUUUUCUGGUGCAUCACUGCCUCUCCAGAUCUUUAAGUUUGCGAGGGUUGCCACCUCAAGCGAGCUCACACAAAAUCUUUGGCAACAGUUUUACGCCGGAUUUACCUAAAACUAAAACCAAACUCCCCAGUAUUAGAGGGUUUGUGUUGAUUAAAGACAAAUCAGAUUGUUUAGAAGUGAAUAAAAUACACGAUUUACUCAUGUUUACAUGACAAACUUGUCUGAUUCCAUCAGAAAUGAGGUAUAAACAAGACAAUGAGGGGUUGUUUUGUUUUAUUUUUAUGGAUUACUCAUCAAGCGCUAAGAAAAAAUAUUUGUUUUAGUAAUUGUUGAAGUUUAUUCGAAUUUUGUUUGAAUCAAAGAAAAAAAUGUGUAGACUAUAGUUAAAAUGCAGUAUUUGUUAAAAUUACUCGUCUCCUGACCGAAACACCUCACUUAAAAAAAAAUCUUAAGCUAACCUGUUCUCAUCAUUCAGCUGCUUGAUACCAUUUCCUGUUUUAAAAUGUUGAUUGCGUUUGUAUUUUCCUGUUUUGUUGAGAGAUAUAUUUUUAUAUGAAGCUCAGGUGCCAUAUCAGUGUAUAUGUACUGACUCAUGCUGUCAGACUGCCUUCUCUUCCUUCUGAUAGAGACAUAUUUCGAUGUGAAAUGAACAAAUGUGACUAAUAUUUAGUUGCCAGACCAGUGCGUCUGCAUAAGUAUUACUGCUAAAUUGACUGUUUGUGCUUGUCUAAAUAAAAUAAACCUAUACAGCAAACCACACAA